ACUAUUGUCCAUGAGUAUCGAGAUGAACGGCUUAGGGGCCAUACCAGAGGCCUUUGGUGGUCCUAUGGUCAAUUACCCUACUUCGAGGAAGGGUAAGCAGUACACUUCCGAAAUAGAAAGGCUGGUCUUCGUGUACAACCAGAUGGAUCCGAGAGCUAAGAAGACUAUCACAUACGGUCUUCUGUUGGGAUAUUUCGCCCUACUGCUCAUUUUUCGCCUGUUCACGAGCGACUUUGCCACACUGGCUACAGUGAGUGCCCUUCUCACAAGCAUUUAUGCACUAUUUUUCGCCUUCUGGUUGGCAGCCUUCGUAUUCAGACAUGAUGAGGGAGAUGCCGCCAUGCAAAACAUCGCAGAGCCCAUCAGAGAGGGCAGUGAGGGCUUCUUCGCUGUCCAAUAUGGUACCAUUGCCAAGAUAUCUCUGCUGGCCGCUUUCCUUCUUUUCGUCCUCUAUAUAAGCCGAGACGAUACCGUACUAAGUGCAGCUGGAGGCGGGAAGCCCACUAGAGUAUCCUCUUUGUCCAUGGCCCUCAUCACAGCUUGUACAUUCCUGAUAGGAGCCUUUUGUAGUGCUCUUGCUGGUUAUGCUGGCAUGUGGGUGUCGGUGCGCGCUAAUGUGAGAGUGUCGUCAGCGGCUAGACGGUGCUAUAACACAGCCAUCCAGCUAUGUUUCCGCGCAGGCGGCUUCGCGUCCUUAGUCAAUGUGGCCAUGGUCAUAGGAGGCCUAUCCUUCAUCAUGAUCGUUCUCAGGGUUAUCUAUCCGACCCUAGAGUUCCAACAGGCGCCUCUCCUUUUGGUGGGUUACGGCUUCGGCGCAUCUUUGGUUGCCAUGUUUGCUCAGCUCGGCGGAGGUAUAUAUACUAAGGGUGCCGAUGUUGGAGCAGAUCUAGUGGGUAAGGUGGAAGCAGGCAUCCCAGAAGAUGAUCCUAGGAACCCCGCUACCAUCGCCGACCUGGUCGGUGAUAAUGUGGGUGACUGUGCUGGUCAAUGUGCUGAUACCUUUGAGUCGAUCGCAGCUGAGAUAUUGUCUGCUAUGAUACUGGGCGGAAGCCUUGCCGAUGAAGGGUCAAUGAACAAAGGCGUCACUGCGGGCUUCGUAGCCUUUCCGCUAGCGGUCCACUGUAUGGACAUGCUGGUGUCGUCCAUGGGCAUGAUGCUGAUACGGGCUAAGAAGGGUAUGCCUACCCACAGCGCUAAGGAUACUGCUGAUGAGGACCCUAUGAAGAUAAUGAAGCGAGCAUACUCUGUGACUCUAUUUUUGGCCACUAUCGGUUUCAUGAUUCUCUGCCGAUGGUUUCUCUGGGUUCCUAAUACUAAUUCCUGGGCAUGGUUCUUCGGGUGUGGUACUGUUGGUAUGGCCUGUUCUUAUCUCUUUGUUAUCAUCACACAGUACUACACUGACUAUGAGCACAACAAGGUCCGUUCAAUAGCCUAUGCCUCGACCACGGGCCCAGCGACCAAUAUCAUAGCUGGCAUGGCAGUUGGCUUGGAGUCUACGGCAGCCCCAGUACUGUGCAUCUCGAUAGCCUUGGUAUCGAGCUACUACAUGGGUACUGUUUCUAGUAUGGCAGCGACGGCUGGUGUGGUACCUGCCUCGGAUGCUAGCAUAUCGGGACUCUUUGGCACUGCUGUGGCCACGAUGGGCAUGCUAUCUACUGCUGUCUUCGUCUUGGCUAUGAGUAAUUUCGGACCUAUUGCCGACAACGCUGGAGGCAUCGUUGAAAUGAGCCAACAGUCGGAUGAAGUGCGCCUUAUAACCGACAAGCUGGAUGCUGUUGGUAACGUCACCAAGGCCAACACGAAGGGCUUCUCGGUCGGCACUGCAGCACUCGCGUGCUUUUUGUUAUUCGCUGCCUUUAUGGAUGAAGUCAGUGUAUACACUGGCAAGAGGUUCGAGUCUGUCGACCUUGCCCGAUGUGAAGUAUUUGUUGGGGGCAUUCUAGGAGCCUGUUUGGUCUUCUUGUUCGCGGCCUGGGCCAUGAACGCUGUGGGGAGGGCCGCAGCCCAAGUCGUCACCGAGGUCCGACGACAGUUCAAAGAACGGCCCGGGAUCAUGGACUGGAGCGACAAGCCGGACUACUACACAUGUAUAGCCAUUGUCAGUCGAUCAGCAUUGAAGGAGAUGAUCCGGCCUGGGGCCUUGGCCGCCUUGUCGCCGGUCGUGGUCGGCUUUGUCUUCCGUGUCAUCGGCUCGUACCGUGGUGACACCACUCUGGGAGCACAAGUCAUUGCGGCAUUCCUAAUGUUCUCGACGGCAGCAGGCAUUCUAAUGGCCCUCUUCCUGAACAACGCCGGAGGUGCCUGGGAUAACGCUAAGAAGUACAUAGAGAUCACUGGCAGUCAUGGAGGUAAGAACUCAGAAGCACACAAGGCAUCAGUUGUUGGUGACACUGUUGGCGAUCCCUGCAAGGACACCGCGGGUCCCAGUGUUCACGUUCUGAUCAAGCUCGUAUCGACGGUAACUAUGGUCUUAACACCGGUCUUUUGUGGCCAAAUUGCGACAGGGAGUGGGCCCAAUGUCGUCAGUCAGGGCGGUAUCAUCCCGUAGUCCAUCAGCUGAAGCAAGUCGCUGCGACUACUUUUUUCUUUGGUUGGACCAUAUAUUUU